AUGUGCAAUUUAUUUCAUCGAAAGAACAAACAUCGAGCUAUCGUUGGUGAUGACUGCGUCGAGAUUGUCCAGCGCCGCCGUAGCAUCUUUCGCCGUCAUCGUUCUGAGACAAGUGAGACGGUAAAGCACCGCAGUAGCAUUUUCCGACGUCGUCAUUCGGAGACCAGUGAGAUCGUGGAGCGCCGUAGUAGCAUAUUCCGUCGAUCGAGCUCGAAGACUAGCGAGAUCGUUUCACUUAAGCCACGUGACACAAUUGUUACGUGUAUCAGCGAAAGCUUUGAGAGCUCAAGCGACAGCCGUCGACGCCGUCGCAUUCUACGAUGA